CCGUUUUUGCAUGCCUCGACAUAAAAAAUUUAACCGAAGCUGCAUAUUUUUUGGUUGCUAGUGGUGCAAUAAAUUCAAUACGUUGCACGUCGGUUUCACUCUUUAGUUGCAACCGGCAAAUUAUCGUAAUAAUAAAAUUUAAGCUGCGCCUUUGAUAGAAAUUCUACUGUUUUUAAACAAGUUUGUUGUAGUGACGUGUACUUUAGUGGGUUAUAUGUCUUAUAAAUUGUUCUGCUGCUUCCUACAAAUAGUUGAUUCGGUGGUUUUCGAACGCCUCAUAUAUUAAAGUAACUUUCUUGAAUUAGCCACGGCAUUCGAACUAGGUAAUAGUGUUAACAAUGAGUGUCCGGAAGCGACAAGAGCAGCGUUCGGAUAAUGUUCAUCUGGUAGCACCUGGCGGCAAUAAAUACGAAAACGAUGAUAAGCGAGAAACCCGUGACUUACGCGGAGACUGGGGCAAUAUUGCAAUACUAUUUUUCUUGUACCUGUUGCAAGGCAUUCCCAUAGGAUUGGCCGCGGCGAUACCAAUGCUUUUACAGAACCGUGGCGCUAGCUACAAACAGCAGGCUGAGUUUAGUUUUGCUCAUUGGCCAUUCAGCAUGAAGUUACUCUGGGCUCCAGUUGUUGACUCCCUUUACAGCAGUCGCUUCGGACGUCGAAAAUCGUGGUUGAUUCCAACGCAAUACUUGAUCGGGAUUUUUAUGCUGAUUCUUUCGGUACAUGUUAACCGAUGGUUGGGCAGCACCAACGACGAUGGAUUACAAGCGCCCAAUAUACCCAUACUAACAGGAAUAUUUUUUGCAUUGAAUUUUCUCGCGGCCACUCAGGAUAUCGCAGUAGAUGGCUGGGCUUUGACAAUGCUAAAACGAUGUAACGUUGGCCAUGCUUCCACUUGUAAUAGCGUUGGACAAACGGCAGGUUAUUUUCUUGGCUACGUAGCAUUCAUGGCUUUAGAAUCAGCAGAAUUUUGUAACAGUUAUCUGAGACAAGAGCCGUCUGACGAGGGAUUGGUCACACUUCCGGGAUUUCUAUGGUUCUGGGGUCUCGUAUUUCUAAUUACCACCACUCUGAUAGCACUGUUGAAACGCGAGUACCUUCCAAGUAUUGAACGCGGUCACGAUGAACAUUUGGACCUGACUAUUAAGGAAGCUUACAAAUUGCUAGUCGACAUUAUUAAAAUGAAGCCCAUAUUAAUUUUGACGGCAAUUUUACUUACAGUAAAAAUUGCAUUCUCUGCUUGCGACGCGGUCACUUCGCUAAAGCUUAUCGAUGCUGGUGUCCCGAAAGACAAAAUGGCACUUUUAGUGGUUCCACUGGUUCCUUUACAAAUAGUUCUACCACUGAUGAUUAGCAAGUACACUAGUGGACCCCGUCCAAUGGACGUCUAUUUGAAGGCUAUUCCCUAUCGAAUCGGUCUAACGCUGAUCGCAGCUGCUGUCGUCUGGUUUACUCCGGCAUUGAUACAAAAUCACCACGUUCCUUACUAUUAUUAUUUGAUUCUGUUGGCCAAUUAUGGUCUCUACCAGAUAGCUCUAUACAGCAUGUUCGUGGCAGUCAUGGCAUUUUUUGCCAAAAUCAGUGACCCAGCCGUAGGCGGCACGUACAUGACGCUACUAAAUACACUUAGCAAUCUCGGAGGCAACUGGCCGACCACGGUUGUCUUAUGGAUGGUGGAUGUACUAACGUGGAAGCGCUGUUCCACUGUGGCAGAUAAUGCUUGCACUGAUUACGCUGAAAAAGAGACUUGCAGUGAGAAUGGUGGCGAAUGUAACAUUGCAAUCGAUGGAUAUUAUAUAGAAAUUGCUAUAUGUUUGGUCUAUGGUGUUUUGUGGUAUCAGUGGGGAAAGCAUAAAAUACGAUACCUACAGAAUUUACCAUUGGACGCCUGGCGGGUAGUACAACGACAAAAGGGAUAUUCGAGCUAGCAAUCAAUGCAAAUUGUUUAACAAACCACUGACGAGUCGAAAAAUUCUUCGUUUGUUUUAGCGCAAAUUUGUUUUAGGCUAAUUUCUGUUUAUAUAGUUUAUUUAAUGAUAUGAAUAGGGCUAGCAGUCGCGCUAUCUAAAGAUCACCCAAGUCGCCACUUAUUUUAAAAUGGAGCAUUUGUAUAUGGACGCGACAAUUGUAGUUUUAUAAUAAUGCGACAUGCAGUGUCACAAAACAAAUUCCUGUCGUAACAAAUAAUUCCAUCGGAAGGUAAGGCAUCUAUGCAAAUAAAUUAUUUAGUGAUUGAUAUAGCUUAGCUAUAAUUUGUGUUUAAAGACAACGUCAUAAAUAAACAAACGCGAAUUU